AUGGACAUAUAUUUCGUAGAUAACGCCAGACAGGAUGAAAUUGAUACAUUUUAUGAGGCAUGUCAACGUCAUAGAGACUACUAUAGAGGCUAUCCGAAAGCUCACCAUCCAUUGCUAUACUUCAAAGAUCCUGAAUACAUGUAUCAAUGCCCAGCAGAUAUGACACCGACAUAUUUAUCAUUCCCGAUGUACUUUGUGAAGUACAAACAGCCAGCAGUAUUACCUAGUAGUGUCGGUCGAACAAGCGGUAUGCCCGCGCUACCUGACAGAACCCUCGCUGGACGAUACAAUAAAGCCGCUUGUAAAGCGUUUGUUAGAUAA